CUGUCAUGGGUUUUAGGGAACAUGUAAGGAAGUACAGCACUUUGCACAUUUCGGGGAUCUGCAGUCACCCAGACAAUGAAUCGUAAACCAUUCAUAAUUAACGCAUUUAUAUAUUCAUAGGGAGAUAAGGGAACGAUGUGGCAUUUCUAAACGGAACUUGCUAGAAAACGGAAGUCUGAUCGAUCAUUUAAGUGGCUAAAUCUUGUUUAUCUUUUAAAUAAAAAAUGCUAAAAAUACGACCAAGCAGACUUUGCGGUUAUGUUGCUUUAACUUCAUUAUUUGCGAUCAUCUUAAUUGCGGCGGGACACAAUACCGAGCUUCUCCGAGAUCCUCGUCUGCUGCCAAGUGUGACUGCGGCCGUCAUUCUGUGUGGGGUGACGAUCACCUGGAGAGACAUCAGAUGGAGAGCGAAGAGAGAAAGCAGGACGGCCUCCGCCCUCAUCUUUACCUUUUUCGCCAGGAUAAUGAUAGGAUGGCUUGGAAAACGACAAAGGAAUAGGCUGGAGGCAGACACGCUGGACGUCCGGCGAGUGCAGGAGGAAACUUUGCUGAAACGCCUGCACAAGACUGCUAACACGGACUAUGGGCGGCAAUAUGAUUUUAAAUCUAUUAAAGAUUGUGAAACUUUUCGCCAGCAUCAUCCCAUUACAGUUUAUGACAACUUCCGUGAUCUGGUGGAGCAGGUAGCGGCUGGGCGAAGCAGGCUGCUGGUUGCAGAGAAGCCGCAUCUCCUGGUCAUGACGUCAGGCAUAUCUGGGCAGUGCUGUAUGCUCCCACGCAUGAAGGAUACUAACACCGAUCUGUUUCUGCAGGGGGUCGUGGUAUGUCUAGACACCAUAAAGAGGUUUUUCCCGGCCAGUGAAGUCCUGCAGCGCACCGUUGGGUUCUUCUACGAUUCGAGCUCUGGUUUUUCAGGGGCAGACAUUCCCAUCAGGUCAAACGUCUCCAUCCUGGCCUCUUCCUGCUCUACCUUGCUCCUCCACUUGCUGAGCAUCUACACCACACCUGCACCAGUCUUGCAAGUGCGCAGCAAGCGAGACGCACUCUACCUGCACCUGCUCUUUGCCUUGAGGGACCCUGCAUUGGGCGCACUGGAGUCUGACUUCGCCUCUGAGAUCUUUGAUGCCUUCAGUAGCUUGCAGGAACGUUGGCAGGAGCUGGUGGAGGACGUAGAGCUGGGCCGGGUCAGUCCCCAGCUGGACCUCGAGCAUGGAACGCGGAAAACUCUGGAAGGGCUGGUUCGGCCAGACCCGGAGCGUGCCGCCCAUCUUAGGGCGGAGUUUGGGAAGGGCUUCCUGGGCAUAGCCCUGAGACUGUGGCCUCGACUCAACCUCGUUCUGGCUGUGGACUCCGGCUCCGACCAGAUUCACGGGGAGCUGCUGAGGCGGCACUACUGCGAGGGUGUGCCCUUCUACUCCCCCGUUUAUGCUGCCGCUGAAGGCCUGAUUGGCGUGAACAUAUGCCCAGAGAAGGAGCCGCGGCAGUACCUGCUGUGCCCGAGAUCCAUGUUCUGUGAGUUUGUCCCCGAGGCCAAUGUGGAGGAGCAGCAGCCGCCCGCAUUGACUAUGGAGCAGGUGCAGCAGGGCCAGUGCUACGAGCUGGUGGUUACCAACGCAUCCGGCCUGUUCAGAUAUCGAAUUGGAGAUGUGCUGAGGAUCACUGGAUUCCACAAUCAGUGUCCUGUGGUGGAAAUCCAGUACAGGCGGGGGCAGAUGCUGAAUGUGCGAGGUGAGAACAUUUCUGAGGCCGUGUUCCUGGGAUCCCUGAAGCGGGCUGUCAGCCAAUGGCCUGGGGCAGAGCUUCUGGACUACUGCUGUGCGGAGAGUAGCAUUCUGGGACAGACCUCAGGGGGUUCAGAUCCCCAUUAUCAAGUGUUUCUGGAGCUGAGAGGAGUGAGGAACCUGACCGAGCAGCAGCGCUACAAGCUUGACCACUGUCUCCAAGAAGACUCAGCCGUCUAUAAAUCGUUCAGGUUCAAAGGCAGCAUCGGGCCAAUGAGGGUGCAGCUGGUUGGCAGAGGUGCGUUUCUGGAGCUACGCAGCAGCUUGUCAGCACUCUCUCCCGCCACCUUUAAAAUGCCGCGAGUGUUACGCAGUAAGGAAUGUGCUGACUUCCUACUGCGAAGGACCAUCUCCUAAGCACCACUGAAAGGAUGGAAUUCUGGGAAAGGACUUCGUCUUAACACUUAACACUUUGCUGUAAGCAACACUGUGUAGAGUGUAAACUUCUUCCCUAUUGUGACACCUUGUGUUUAUCUUUUUAGACCACUGAUAUUCCCUUUAUCUGGGGGGGUACAGAGUAAGUGGCUGCAGCACAGGCUCGCAUUAUUGACUUUGUUGAUGGCAGUGACCAAAAUGACAAUAAUGACAAUUCCAGUAUUUUCACAACAGUCCUCAUCUGUUUUUCCGCUGCCGUGCCCAGCCAGAUCGAACCAAGCCACAAAUAUUUCUUUUUCCAUCACCUUCAUCAGAGAGGUUGGGGGGGGGCAUUGACUGUAAACCACUCAUUAAUUUAAAACAAUAUUUAAAAAUAGAUGGUUACGGCUGACCUAGCGCUAACUAAUCAUAGUAUAAUAUGGGAAUAGCAUCAAGUAAAAGCAGCAAUGAACAAGAAAAACAUAAUCCUCAGUUAUAUUUAUAGGUAUUAGCUAAUUAACAAAUGGGUCAAUUAAUCUGUUUCCUGGAGUUACCUUGACUAGUCCAGUGUUUUUAUUCCACAAUGUGAUCCUCAGAUCCCCUUUUUUGAUCGACUAUGCAAAUGCUCUAAAAAGUGGUAAAUGAACAAAUCUCACAUCAUACUCCCAGACCUCGUUUUCUUGGGCUGUUUGGAGUCACCCUUAAGGUUACCUUUAAUUCAACUGACAUUUAGAGAAGUUUAAUGUAGGAGGCUGGUGCCAGACUGCUGUAAGCAGCACAACCCUUUGUGGCCUCCAGCCGUUCUGCAUCCACGGCCACCCAACGGCCUGCAAGGUCACGUGCUGCCGAAAACGGUUCCACUGUGAUCUGCCAGCAGCCAAAGGUCCAAAGCGUGCAUUUGCUAAAGGUCAGACCCAUGUAAUACUUCAAUGUAGAUUCAGGGUAGGUGUAGGGCAUUGAGGUUUCUAUAGAUUCCACUUCAUUCUGCAUGGGUUCAGUACCACUGUCUCCUCCAGAAGAAGCGUGAACAGCUCUGGACUUCCCAGGUUCACCUGUCUCAGGUAGGACCGACGUGCAAAGAUGCGGCGCUGGGUGGGUAUAAUGUGCAAAUGAAUUGGAUGUGGAAAGUUUGAUUUCUCCUUUAAUAUAAAGUCUCCCUUUUUGUUUAAUAUUAUAAGUGCAUUCAUCCUGGUCUCCUGUGCCUUGUUGGUAACAGCAAUUACUUGUUCUUUACGUGUUUUGUCUGAUUAUUAUUAUGUUUUUCAUAAGUUAUUAAAAUAUCUAAUAUGUGCUGAGCGUAAUAAAUGUUUGAAGAGUGUGACA